AUGAAUCAAAACAGCGAAGGAUGUAUGAAAAAGAUUAGCAAUGUGAAUCUUGACAAACUUAUAACUGACUUUUCACAGAUAGAAAAGAAAAUUAUAGAAUCCAGUGGGAAGAACAAUAUCCUGAAUAUGCAGUUGGAAAAAGCUAACUGUUUAUUAAGAGUAAUGCAAACAAAAGAGGUCUCAAUGAAACAAGAAUGUGCUACUCUUCAUGAUAUGAUAAAAGGGCUGCAGCAUACCAUUGAAAGUCAACAUAAUUUGAAGGGUGAAAAUGAACAACUAAAAAGAAAUGCUGAUCUUAUGAAAGAAAAGUUUAAAGUGCAUGAACAGGAACUUAGGAGUAAUAUCGCCAAACUUAUGAGUGAAAUGAAAAUCAAAGAGGAGGGACAUAAGAUUGAAAUGACAAAACUUUAUCAAGAUAUGCAGAAAAAAGUCAAAUUAAGCGAAGAAAAGAAUAAAGAAAUGAUAGAGAAAAAGGAGUUGGAAAUUUCCGAGUUAAAUGCAAAGUUAAGAACUCAAGAAAGGGAAAAACAAAAUGAAAUGAUCAAACUACAGCUAGAGUUUGAUGCCAAGCUAGCAAGAGUUCAAACUAAAGCAAAAUCAUAUCCAGAUUCUACUGUUUCGCCACACAGUAUCUACAAAAGGAAACUUCAACAUCUUCAGGAAGAAAAAGACAAGGAGAUUGCAGUUCUUCGUAAUACCGUUCAUGAUUUAGAACAACGCCUCUCUGUCAGCAAAGAUUCUCAAGUUAAACUUGUUGGCAAAGAUUCUCACUUUAAGCGUAGACGGUUUUGA